AAAGAGGCGGCGGGCGCGAGCGGCCGAGCGAAUCCGAGCGCAGCCGAGCCGGGCCGAGCCGGGCCGAGCCGGGCCGGGCCGGGCCCAGGAGCGCGCGGACGAUGCGGGCGGCCGGGCCGGGGUCGGCGGGUCCCUGAACCCCUUGGCCGGGCCAGCGAGGGAGCCGGAGGCGGCGGGGCCCGCCAUGGCCGGGGUCAGCUACGCGGCGCCCUGGUGGGUGAGCCUCCUGCACCGGCUGCCUCACUUCGACCUGCGGUGGGAGGCCACCAGCAGCCAGUUCCGGCCCGAGGACACCGACUAUCAGCAGGCACUGCUGCUGCUGGGAGCCACCGCCCUGGCCUGCCUCGCCCUGGACCUCCUCUUCCUGCUCUUCUACUCCUUCUGGCUGUGCUGCCGACGGCGCAAGAGCGAGGAGCACCUGGACGCAGACUGCUGCUGCACGGCCUGGUGCGUCAUCAUCGCCACGCUGGUGUGCAGUGCCGGCAUCGCCGUGGGCUUCUACGGCAACGGGGAGACCAGCGAUGGCGUCCAUCGAGCCACCUACUCGCUCCGCCACGCCAACCGCACGGUGGCCGGCGUCCAGGACCGCGUAUGGGACACCGAAGCAGCCCUGAACCGCACGGCGGAGCCCAGCCUGCAGAGCCUGGAGCGGCAGCUGGAGGGGCAGCCGGAGCCCCUGCGGGCCGUGCAGCGGCUGCAGGGCCUGCUGGAGACGCUGCUGGGCUACACGGCCGCCAUCCCCUUUUGGAGAAACCCUGUGGUGUCGCUGGAGGUGCUGGCAGAGCAGGUGGAUCUCUAUGACUGGUACAGGUGGCUGGGCUACUUGGGCCUGCUGCUGCUCGAUGUCAUCAUCUGCCUCCUGGUGCUGGUCGGCCUCAUCCGGAGCUCCAAGGGCAUCCUGGUCGGGGUCUGCCUGCUGGGCGUCCUGGCCCUGGUCAUCAGCUGGGGCGCACUGGGCUUGGAGCUGGCCGUGUCUGUGGGCUCCAGCGACUUCUGUGUGGACCCCAACACCUACGUGAGCAAGAUGGUAGAGGAACACUCAGUGCUGAGUGGGGAUAUCCUGCAAUACUACCUGGCCUGCUCGCCCCGUGCUGCCAACCCUUUCCAGCAGAAGCUGUCGGGCAGCCACAAGGCACUGGUGGAGAUGCAGGACAUCGUGGUCGAGCUCCUGAGGAGUGUCUCCCAGGAGCACCCGGCCACCAAGGACCCCCUGCUCCGUGUCCAGGAGGUGCUGAAUGGCACAGAGGUGAACCUGCAGCACCUCACCGCCCUGGUGGACUGCCGCAGCCUGCAUCUGGACUACGUGCAGGCGCUGACUGGCUUCUGCUACGACGGCGUCGAGGGCCUCAUCUACCUGGCCCUCUUCUCCUUCGUCACUGCCCUCAUGUUCAGCUCCAUCGUCUGCAGCGUUCCGCACACCUGGCAGCAGAAGAGAGGCCCCGAUGAGGACGGGGAGGAGGAGGCCGCCCCAGGGCCGCGGCAGACCCACGACAGCCUCUACCGCGUCCACAUGCCCAGCCUGUACAGCUGCGGGAGCAGCUACGGCAGCGAGACCAGCAUCCCGGCAGCGGCCCACACUGUCAGCAACGCCCCGGUCACCGAGUACAUGAGCCAGAAUGCCAAUUUUCAGAAUCCCCGCUGUGAGAACACCCCACUCAUUGGGCGCGAGUCCCCACCACCCUCACGCUAUCUGGCUGCCCUGGACUCUGGCAGCCACGCGGGCUGGCAGUUUAAGCCCAUGGACAGCGCCCGAACGCUGUGGUAGCUGUGCCCUCAGAGUGACAGUACACCUCCAGCAUGAGAGCCAAAUACCUCGCCACGAGCCAGCCUCGCCCCGACUCCAGCGGCAGCGGGCACUAGACCGCGCUCCAGGCAGCCACCCUCCCCACGUGCCAAUCGCCCCCUCCCCGUGCCAGCACUGCCGCUUCCACCCAGGGCCAUCCCCGGAUCUCCGCGUGCCACGCCAGGCCCGCCUCGGACAGGCGCAUCUGCAGGCCGCUUGCCCCUCCUCUCCCCUGCCCGCAGGGGCACAGUUGAGAAUCGGGGGCACUGGACCCGUGCCCGCAACUUGAGUCACACACCUGAACGCUGCUGCCCUGCCCCUGCCCUGCACGGCCACCCUCUGCCCCUGGAUUCGCCGAGCCCACUCUGGGCAGGUGCUUGUGCCGUGAAACGAUUGUUCCCUCUGCCGCCGAUGCCGCUCUCACCCCCCCGCCCCUGCCGGCACCCUGGUCUGUGCUGUCCCUGCUGGGCCCCUUCCCUCCUGCAGCUCCGACGCCACCUGCCCAGGUGCUUCUGUGGACCCCUUCUUAGUUCACAGGCAUGGCAGGAGCCCUCUGUGCUGGGCAUCCCCUGGCCACCAAGGGACAGGGCACACACCACCUGCUCGUUCCCACACCGCAGACCUCACCGCCCCUACGCACCCGUCUCUCUGCAGUGUCAGUGGUCCCCUCGCCCAUGUGGCCCAGCUGACCACAGCUCGCCUCUCCCGCCAGCUGCCAAGCCUCUCGGGGCCCUCUGCCUCCUGCCGCCUCUCUCUCCCUCAGCGCCUGCCCUGCGGAGGCGCCAGCCCUCCCACCUCCCAGUGCUGGCCUCCUACUUGGUGCCAAACCCCCUCCCCCAACCCCAGAGACUGGGCAGCUUCAUCUGGUUCGUUUUUUUGCACUAACCACAUUUGUCAUCUCCAGGGCAGGCCAGGGCUGCGGUCUGAGGGGACCACUGGCCCCUUCCCUCCCUUCUUGGUUCUGUUUCCAUCCACGACAGGUGCACAGUCCCCGGAGCCCGGCCUCAGGGGCUGGACCCGAGCUGGCUGGGAGUGUGCCCUCAGCCCCUGCCACCCUCCCAGGACUAACCACUAACCUCACUCCCAGCUCCAUGGGCGCCUCUGGCCAAGAGCCAACGAGUGUGACCCCAAGUCCAAGCUGGAGCUGAAGCCCAGCACAGCUGGCCAGGAGCCGGGGCUGGGGUAGCUGUUUCUUCGUGGGGUGCUGCUGGGGAGGGGCCUUAGACCAACAGGUGCCCCAGAGGGCCAGAGACCCCUCCCUGGGCAGCUGCGGUGCCAGGAGGGCUGCGUCCUUGGCAAUGAAUAUCCCACAGGCUGUGGACUGGGGUCACUGCAGCCUCUAUCUCCCACCUGUGAAGCGGGAACAAGGCUUCCCUAAGGUGCUUUUGGCUCUAGUGUACGAUGUUUGCUUCCUGCCGUGGAGGGUAGAACCACUCCCCAAAUCAGGACCGGGACGUUCUGCCCCUUCCAGCCCUGGCCCUGGCCCAGAUGGCGGGGCCGAAUGCGUGUGCCAAGGCCAGGGGCAGCCAGAGGGCCGCUGGACAGCCACGCGCAGGGGUCGAGGCCGGGCCCCGCGGGGAAGGGGGCAGGCAGCCCCAGCAGUUUACAGACACGUGGUUCUCCCUCCCAGAGCAGCAGGGCAGCUCCCUGUACCAGAAAUGUCCUCAUCCCUCCCUGGGCCAGCUCCCCCUGCCCCUCGUCCGUGACCCCUCUUCCUUUGUCCUGGUGUCUGGGACCAAAAGCGGGAGGGAGCCAGUGGGCCAGGGGCCCCAAGCCUGGGCAUCUGAGCCCCCCGGGCAUGACCAAACCUCGUGGAGGAGGCUGCUCCAGGCCCUGCCAGGGCCGUCGUUCUGAGCCACAUGGGGCGCGGCCGACCCGCCCAGGCUUUCCUCUGGGUGCGACCCGCCCUGGGAGCUGCCCUGACUGCGGAUCAGGAGGGGCACUGGCACCCCUGCCUGGGUGCCCGCCGAGCGCCGGUGACUGCUCAGAAGCACAAAUGCUGCCCGCGGCCGAGAGGCUGCCGCAAGGUGAAUGUACAUAGCAUGAGAGGCGGGCGCUGCCCGGACGUGGCUGUGACCCCGUGCUGUCUUGGGACUCCCGACUGUCGUGUGCGUGCGUGCCCCGUCUGUGACUUUUUACUCACCGAGGUUGAAGACAGGAAAAGGGAAAAUCAAAAGGGGUUCAAACCCCACCUCAGUAGUGGCGGGGAGCGGCUCCUGCCGGCGGUUUUCUUUCUGUCCUGAGUGCCGCGUUCCCAACCCCCCAUCCCAGCAACCUCUCCACACCCACCGGGGGGCGUCAGGCCAGGGCCACCCGCCCGUCGCCGGCCCCACGCUCACCCGCACCAGUGGGCCUUGCCCGCCCAGGCCCUGCAGCAUGGGAGUGGGGCAGGGAGGCCCGGACCAGCUGGUGGGCUCCCCGGUGCCCGCUCCCCUGCCCCCCUGCGGGUCUGGGAAGAGGAAGGGCCUGGCUGGGAGCCCCUGACCCUUUCCCUGCCGCGCCUACCCACCCAUUUCACUAUGCAAUCCAGUUCCAAGCACCGUCCCCUCCUGCCCCAGGGCCUUCUGUGGGGGUCCCUGGUCUGGCCAUAACGGUUGUGUGCCGCACCACUUCCCAUUUGUUCCAUAUUAUAUAUAUAUAAAUUUCUCCGCUCAUUCCUCCCCGGCCCCGGCAUCUCCCCACCCCUCACCCAGCGGACUUGACAGCGGGGCAGCGCUGAGGCCUGAACCAUUUUUGCAUUUUCCCCUCCAGCCUCCGUAGGUCCAUGGCUGUACGUACUGUCGCUGUGUUUUCGUUUUUGUUUUUUAGAACGGAGUUUGGGGGUUGAUUUUUAUUUCUUUGGGGGCUUUAUUUUUCUUGGCAAAUACUAAAAAUCUCGUCAAUGUAAUUUCUGUGGUUUCUAUUCAGCUUGGGUUUCAUGUUUUAAAAUAAACAGGUUUUGAAAAACA